AUGAAGGUGUCAGCAUUGGUUGUUCUAGCUUUUUGCGCUCUUUUUAAAGCCUCUCAUCAACAAGGCUUUGGUCUUGGUGUUGGCCUUAAUGCAGGAGCUUCUAUAGGUGCUGGUAUUUAUCCCGGAAUGGGUGGCUGUAAUUGUCCUCCUGGUCCACCCGGUCCGCCAGGCGUUAAUGGUUUACCCGGUCCCGAUGGAGAUCCAGGCGAGAAAGGUCCUACUGGUGAUCCUGGAGAUUUAGGUUCGGUUGGUCGUCCUGGUGAUCGUGGUCAUGACGGUCGUAAUGGUCCCACCGGCCCAAUAGGUGAAAAUGGUCGUCGCGGUCCUAGAGGUUUUACCGGUGCUAUAGGUGCUGUUGGUCCUAGAGGACCCCCUGGACCUCCCGGUCCUAGAGGUUUACCAGGGGCAGCUGCAAAUCCUGCAGGAAGAUCUUCGCUUUAUAAUGUGGAAGAUUUUGAAUACGAUAUUGAAGAUGAUGAAAUGUUACAAUAA